CGUCAUGUUGUCAUAAAAAUAAUAGCAUUGAUUUUUGUCAGCGCACACCGAAGAAAAAAAAUUUCAGUCCAUGCAGCAGAAUAGGGACCAAAUCAAAAUUCAGCGACGUGAUCUCUGUUACUGCAACCGAAAACAUUAAUCUGAGUCAGAUCGAUUGAUUGAUCCACAGUGAAAUUAUCUCGCGUCGACAAUGCACAUGCCACGUUGUUUCAAGUAGAAUACGAACGCCACCACGUGCAUCAUCGAGCGUGUGUUGUGCUUCCGUAGGUAUGACGACAAUAUCGAUUUCCAGUCUGACUUGAGCUGAAGCGAGAGACACAAGCAGUAUCGUUCGAGAUGACGCCCAAAAUGUGGCAGAACUGCGAAGUCAGAUUUGACAUUUCUCACUCCAAUAUGCAGCUGCGAGCCGGUGAGCUUGCCGUUGAUAAACUCGACAUGAUAGAAGAUAUGAAAGGCAAUGCAGGAGACCUAGGAAGAUUAAUCAUCACGAAUUUAAGAAUCAUUUGGCAUUCCUUAUCCAUGCCACGAAUCAAUUUAAGUAUAGGCUACAACACAUUUAUGGGUGUAAACUCGAGAAUUCUCACGAUUCACGGCGGAUAUACACAAUCCCUUCAUAUAUUAACAUCCUUUCGAAAUUGUCGAUACGAAUUUAUAUUUACGAAUCACGAUUCCAAAAGUACCAGGCACUACACUUCGGUCGUAGGCGUUUACAGAGCUUACCUGUCGUCAGAGAUCUACAGAGAGAUCAAACUGAGAAGUGGUAUUAUACAGGAAAAUCGACUGGUCUUGCUGCCGCACGAAAAAGUACACUCUUCUGUGCAGGACGUUUGGAAUUUAUCCAUCGAACAGGGAAACAUCGGGACUUUUAUUAUAACAAAUAUACGUUUGGUAUGGUAUGCGGAUGUAAACCAUCAGUUUAAUGUGUCGAUACCUUAUCUUACAAUUGGAAAUAUCACUAUUAGAACAUCGAAAUUCGGGCCGACUUUAGUAAUCCUAAGUACAGAGGCCAGCGGAGGAUACGUCCUAGGCUUUCGCAUUAAUCCUCUGCAGCAGCUUCACAUUACUCACAAAGAAAUCUCGGUGCUCCGUUCGGAAUUCGACAAGUUUCCGAUUCUCGGUGUGGAAUACACGUUCGAGCAUCAGGCGCCAUUACAAGAGGAAGUUAACGUGGAACAUUUUACUGAGAUACAAGAUAAUCAAGCUGAGAUAUCGAAUGUCUUCGGUUAUUAUUUCUCCGAGGGGGAGACAGGUCAGAGAAAGCCUAAUUUCUCAAUUCAUCUAGGACUGGCGGCAGAAGAACCGAGAGAAGGUAGCACGUUACAGAGUUUAUGGGAACUAGUACCAUCAGGCGUCAAUUAAGUGACCAGCUUAUAAACAUCUUUCUUUCUCUGCCUAGUUUCACUCUCUGUCACUGUAACGUCAGAAACUGCUUGGCUAAUUACGAGGCAGUUUUCUUCCGUUAUUAAACAUUAGUUUCAUAAGGGGAUAAAAGCAAACCCAUUUUGUACAAAGAAAUAUCAUAACGCAAUAUAUUAUUAACUAUAUCGUACUACAUGAAUUCGAAAUAUAAUUCUUGCUUUUUCUCUCUUUUGCGCUUUAUAUUCCCUAACAAAACAUUCACAAAAUUAACUGGCAAAUAAAAUUCUUUUUCCCUUCAAUUUUAUAAAAACACCGUCGUAAUAGAUUAUACAACAAAAGUGCUUCGGGAUGACUUUGUGAAAAAAUAAAUAAUUAGAAAUAGAAAUACAAUACAGUGUGUGAUUAUAACACAUAUACACACACACAUAUGUCAAUAAACUUUUUCAGUUGCUUA